GGGGAAGCCCCCUCGGAUGUCCCUUCGCCCCUGCCGGGCCGCCACCCUCCUCUCCCCUCAGCUUUAGCCUCUUGGGGUAGAGCUACCGGAGGUGCCUGCGGAGAAGUUCUACCCCGCUGAAGCCCUGCAGCGAACCCGUCGGCGGAUGCAGCCCUUUGGACCGCGCGGUUUUAAGAACACCGGUGCUUCUCCCUGGAUCACGCUUCCAGCAUCCCUGUGUGGUGGGCACCUGGGUGUCUCCUGAUACCCAAGCGCCCAUCCCGCCACACAGAGGCGCUGGAAACGUGACUCAAGUGUUUUUAUCUGGGCAGGCAGAGCCCUAUAUCACCGCUCCAGGAAGCCCAAGGAGCGGCAACUCUGAACCGCCCUCUGGUAUUUGAGGCUGCCGCCCGCCCCGAACGGCCCCAAGGCACCACUUCAACUGGGAGAGGGGCUAUAGCUAAGCAAGGCCUCUCAGGGGCGGCAACGGCCACUCAACCUCGCUCCAGCCACCCCUACGCUCUUUCCGUUGGCGGCGCGGCUACUGGGAGGCAGCGGCGGCUUCGCGGACUUCUCGCGAGAGCGGGCGAGGUUUCUGGUGUUGUGACUCUGGGAGCCGUAAAUAUGGCGGUGAGUCUUCGUGCUCGCUCGUUGAGGCACCUCCGCAUCCGAGGUCGGAACGAUAGCGGCGAGGAGAACGUCCCUCUUGAUCUCAGUCGAGAACCCUGUGAUAAUAUGAGAGAGAUUCUCCAAAAUGUGGCCAAGUUACAAGGUGUUUCAAAUAUGCGAAAACUAGGUCACUUGAAUAAUUUUACUAAGCUUCUUUGUAAUACUGGCCAUGCUGAAGAAAAGCUAGGUUUUACAUAUGACGGCAUCAUAAUAUGUCUGCGGUUAGCUUUACUAAAUGAAGCAAAAGAGGUGCGAGCAGCAGGAUUACGAGCCCUCCGCUAUCUCAUUCGAGACUCCAGUAUUCUCCAGAAGGUGCUAAAGCUGAAAGUGGAUUACUUGAUAGCCAGGUGUAUUGACAUACAGCAGAGUAAUGAAGUAGAAAGAACACAAGCACUUCGAUUAGUCAGAAAGAUGAUCACUGUGAAUGCUUCAUUGUUCCCCAGUUCUAUUACUAAUUCUUUAAUAGCAGUUGGAAAUGAUGGUCUUCAAGAAAGAGACAGAAUGGUUCGAGCGUGUAUAGCCAUUAUCUGUGAACUAGCACUUCAGAAUCCCGAGGUGGUGGCUCUUCGGGGUGGUUUAAGUACCAUCUUGAAAAAUGUGAUUGAUUGUCAGAUAAGCCGAAUAAAUGAGGCUUUGAUAACUACAGUUUUGCACCUCAUUAAUCAUCCAAAGACCCGACAGUAUGUGCGAGCAGAUCUAGAGUUAGAGCGAAUUUUAGCUCCUUACACAGAUUUUCACUACAGGCAUAAUCCAGACACAGCAGAAGGACAACUCAAAGAGGACAGAGAAGCACGGUUCCUAGCUAGUAAAAUGGGAAUAGUGGCAGCAUUUCGAUCAUGGGCAGGUAUUAUCAGUUUGUGCAAACCUGGAAAUUCUGGGAUUCAGUCUCUUAUUGGGGUACUCUGUAUACCAAAUAUGGAAAUACGGCAUGGUCUGCUUGAGGUUCUUUAUGAUAUAUUUCGCCUUCCUCUCCCUGUUGUUGCAGAAGAGUUUAUUGAGGCACUUCUCAGUGUAGAUCCAAGCAGAUUUCAGGACUGCUGGAGACUUUCUGAUGGCUUUGUAGCUGCUGAAGCUAAAACUAUACUACCACAUCGAGCCAGGUCAAGGCCUGAUCUCAUGGAUAAUUAUUUGGCUUUAGUGCUUUCAGCUUUCAUUACUAAUGGACUUCUAGAGGGUCUGGUUGAAGUGAUCACAAGUAGUGAUGACCAUAUAUCUGUUAGAGCAACUAUCCUUUUAGGAGAACUUUUGCACAUGGCAAACACAAUCCUUCCUCAUUCUCACAGCCAUCACCUGCACUGCUUACCAACGCUAAUGAAUAUGGCAGCAUCUUUUGACAUCAUGAAAGAGAAAAGACUACGAGCAAGUGCCGCCCUCAGCUGUUUAAAACGUUUUCAUGAGAUGAAGAAAAGAGGACCUAAACCUUACAGCCUCCAUUUAGAUCAUAUUAUUCAGAAAGCAAUCUCAACCCACCAAAAAAGGGAUCAAUACCGUGUGCAGAAAGACAUCUUUAUUUUAAAGGAUACAGAAGAAGCACUUGUAAUGAAUCUUCGAGACAGCCAAGUUCUCAUUCAUAAAGAGAACCUUGAGUGGAAUUGGAAUCUGAUAGGGACCAUAUUGAAGUGGCCAAAUGUAAAUCUAAGGAACUAUAAAGAUGAACAAUUGCACAGGUUUGUAAGAAGAUUGCUAUAUUUUUACAAGCCUAGCAGUAAACUGUAUGCCAACCUGGAUCUGGACUAUGCCAAGGCUAAGCAGCUCACUGUGGUGGGUUGUCAGUUUACUGAAUUUCUUCUUGAAUCAGAAGAGGAUGGACAAGGUUACCUGGAGGAAUUGGUUAAAGAUAUUGUAAAUUGGCUCAAUUCUUCAUCAGGAACGAAACCUGAACAUUGUCUUCAAAAUAAUGGGUUACUAAAUACCCUUAGCCAGCACUACUUUCUGUUUUUUGGUACUCUCUCUUGUCAACCUCAUGGAGUGAAAAUGCUUGAAAAAUGUAAUGUGUUUCAGUGUCUCCUUAAUCUUUGUUCUUUGAAGAACCAGGAUCACUUGUUAAAAUUGACUGUUUCUAGUUUGGAUUACAGCAGAGAUGGGUUAGCAAGAGUCAUCCUUUCUAAAAUCCUGACAGCAGCUACUGAUAGCUGCAGGUUGUAUGCAACAAAACACUUACGAGUAUUACUGAGAGCAAAUGUAGAGUUCUUCAGCAACUGGGGGAUUGAGUUACUGGUGACCCAGUUACAUGAUAAAAAUAAAAUUAUUUCUUCUGAGGCACUUGAUAUUCUAGAUGAGGCAUGUGAAGACAAGGCCAAUCUUCAUGCCCUUAUCCAAAUGAAACCAGCUCUUUCUCACCUUGGAGACAAAGGUUUGCUUCUACUCCUAAGAUUUCUGUCCAUUCCAAAGGGGUUUUCUUAUCUAAAUGAAAGAGGUUAUGUAACAAAACAAAUGGAAAAGUGGCAAAAGGAAUAUAAUUUAAAGUAUGUUGAAUUGAUUGAAGAACAACUUAAUGAAGCACUUACAACUUAUCGCAAACCUGUUGAUGGUGAUAACUAUGUUCGUCGGAGCAACCAAAGAUUACAACGACCACAUGUCUACCUGCCAGUUCACCUUUAUGGCCAACUGGUGCACCAUAAAACAGGCUGCUAUUUAUUGGAGUCUCAGAAUAUUGUUACAGAUCUAAGUUACACUGUUCAUUCCCCAGUUCUGGAUAAAUGGGAAGGUAUUAAGCAGCUGAAAGCAGCCCUUUGGGCCUUGGGCAAUAUCGGAUCAUCAAAUUGGGGUCUUAACUUGCUUCAAGAGGAGAAUGUAAUUCCUGAUAUAAUGGCACUUGCGCAACAUUGUGAGGUUCUCUCCAUUAGAGGAACCUGUGUCUACGUGCUUGGUCUAAUAGCCAAAACUAAACAAGGAUGUGACAUUUUGAAGCAUCAUAACUGGGAUGCAGUUAGACACAGUCGUAGACAGCCUUGGCCAGUGGUCCCUGAUGACAUGGAGCAGCUCUGCAAUGAACUUUCUUCUAUACCCAGUACUCUUAGCUUGAACUCUGAGUCCACCAGUUCUAGGCAUAACAGUGAAAGUGAAUCUAUGCCUUCAAGUAUGUUCAUCAUGGAGGAUGACCGUUUUGGUAGUACUUCCACUAGUACAUUUUUCCUAGAUAUUACUGAAGAUGCAGAACAAAUAUUUUAUGACAGACCUGGACCUUCAAAGGACAAAGACCGUAGUCCCUUUCCUUUUUUUUCUUCUAGCAGACUUGUGAAAAACCGUAUUCUAAGCUCUCUUACUCUACCUAAUAAAAAACAUAAAAGUAGCAGUGAUCCAAAAGGAGGAAAGCUGACAUCGGACAGUAAAUCAGGCCUGAGGCGAAAUCGUACUGCAACAGAAACUUCCAGUAGCAUAGACUUUCUUGCUGAGGAAGAAUUAAACCCUGUUUUCAGAGUUCCUAAAAUCCAGGCUUUACGAUUAGAAACUUCUUUUGUUGGAAGUAAGCACAUGGAAGAUACUGAUUGUACUCCAAGUAUUGGAGAACAUGACCUAAAGCUGCCAAAAGGUCUUGGAAAUGAAAUUCAUCAGGAAAACACAAGCAGAGAAAGGCUAAUAGGAGAUGGUACUACACAAACACAUUUCAAGAGUCGUAGCCUAAGUUUUAAUACAGAUACUACAACAAGUGGCAUAAGCUCAAUGAGCUCUAGCCCUUCAAGGGAGACUGUAGGUGUGGACACUACAAACAUAGAUACUGACUGUGGAAGUUUGAGUACUGUGGUAAGCACAAAAACAGUUAAACCAAGUCACUGUUCAACACCACAGUCUAACCACCUGACUCUCUCAAAAUCCAGCUCUGUAUCCCUGGUACUCCCAGGGACUUCUCAUACGCUUCCCCGAAGAGCCCAGUCUCUUAAGGCUCCUUCUUUUGCUACAAUAAAAAAUCUUGCUGACUAUAACUUUAGCUAUGCAAGUUCCCGAGAUGCCUUUGGCUAUGCUACACUAAAACGCUUACAACAGCAGAGAAUGCAUCCUUCACUGUCUCACUCAGAAGCCCUAGCAUCUCCAGCAAAGGAUGUGCUGUUUACUGACACUAUUACCAUGAAGUCUGGCAGCCUGGAUUCUCGGCUGACCCCAAGCCGGUUCAUGAAAGCUUUAAGUUAUGCCUCUUUAGAUAAAGAAGAUUUAUUAAGUCCUAUUAACCAAACCACACUUCAGCGUUCCUCCUCUGUUCGCUCCAUGGUUUCUAAUGCUACGUAUGGUAGCUCUGAUGAUUACCUUGGCCUUGCUCUCCCAGUGAAUAUCAAUGAAAUAUUCCAGGUAAAGGAAAUUCCAUAUUUCCAGAAGAAAACUACACCCCCAUUUGAUGACUCUGGAGCUAGGGUCUUUGCACCUGAUGCAGAAGGUCUUCCAUCAGGUACAAGUGAUGUUGUCAAAAGUCCUUUUCAGACGCUCCGACAGCAGAUCAGUCUCACAGAAAUAAUGAAUACCAGCCGUUCAGACGCCUCUCAGUUUUUAGAAAAUACAGAGGAUACAGGGCUACAGGAGCACACAGAUGAGAACUGCCUUUACUGUGUCUGCAUUCAAAUACUGGAUUACCAGCAUAACAACAAAGUGAACUCUUCAUAUAGUCAUACAGACAUUCCAUAUACUGACUGGUGUGGGCAGACCAUACACAAUCACUUAGAUGUGCAUUCCUCCAAAUUUUCUGGAAUUUCAAGCUGUAGUGAUGCAGUAUCCCGUGUUUCAUCUAGCAGCAUCAGGAGUACAGAUCUUGUACUAGGAGUAAAAUCAAUCCCAGAUGAUACACCAGUGUGCAGAAUACUUCUGCGGAAAGAAGUCUUACGUUUAGUAAUCAAUUUGAGUAGUUCAGUAGGAACUAAGGGUCAUGAAACAGGACUUCUGACAAUUAAGGAGAAAUAUCCCCAAGCAUUUGAUGACAUAUGCCUUUACUCUGAGGUGUCCUACUUGUUAGCACAUUGUACAUUUCGACUUCCAUCUCGAAGGUUCAUUCAGGAGCUAUUUCAAGAUGUACAGUUCUUACAAAUGCAUGAGGAAGCAGAGGCUAUUUUAGCAACACCAACAAAACAGCCAGUAAUUGAUACAUCAGCUGAAUCCUGACCACUGUCUCAUGCAGUGCAUUGCAUAUAGACUUUCUGAAAUCCUCAAACAACCUCCGAAUGACUAGAUAAAAAGCUUUAGAGCAUCAUUUUCUAGACUGUUCCAGAAGCUAUUGGUACCUGAAGACUGAACUGAAAACUUUUCCUUAACCAAUUACUGCCCCAGUCUUUUGUGCCCUUUGGGGAGUUAUUAAAUAUUACCAUAGUUUUAAUAAUAGUAAUUGCUAUUAUAUGCAAGAGCUGAGCACUGAACACCUCCACAAGUUUUCAUUUCAUAUUUUGCCAUAAAUUAAAAAAAAAAAAGGACAACACACAGGGACAUCUUUUAUGAUUGACUUCUGAUUCUGUUCCAGAGAAGCAGAAUGAUGCCUUGCUUUGUAGUCCCUGGAUACCAGGAAUCGGAGAGAUGAGGGUGCAUUCCAUUGCCAGCAAUGGGGAGCCGUGCUGUAAUUAUGGACACCAGGGGAUUAAUGUUAGCCCUUCUCUGUUGGUUUUUGUAUUGUUUAUAACGCUACCUGGGGGGGGGGGGGUGGUGGUUUAACUUCAAACAGAAAGAAAAGCCUCUGAAUCUGAGGUUUCCUUUAAGUUAUUUUAAUAUUACUAUAGUUGUAAACAAUUUUAUUAGCAGUCUCUCCAAUUUCAUUACACUUACGUACAUGUAUCUUAUCUGAACCAGUUAAGGAUUUUCACUACAGUUUAAUUUAGAAAUAACAAAUCAUUUAAACUUAAAAUGCUGAAAUCAGAUUGUUUUCCCUGAAUGAUAUGCACGUGUUUGCAGUUUCUAUACUCAUGCUCAUAUACUAUGAAUUUUGGUCUUACUCUUAACUAAAAACCUUUAAAAAGCAUUAUUUGUAUCAGAUAAAUUAAUAUUUUAUAAAUUAAACUUGAAUACAUUUAAUCAUUGCUGCUUUUGUGAGAAGACAUGAGUGUUUUCCAAGUUCCAUGGAAACAGCCUUUUAUAAAAACAAAGUUUUAAUUGGAAUUUUCAAUGGAUUAGUGAUCAAGCAUCAAAUAGUACUAAUAAUUGUAGUGAAAAGCCUUAAGUAGCAAAUUUUGAAGCAACAGUAAUUAUAAUUUUAUAUUAGCAUUUGACUUGACUUCCCCAAUUACUUCCACAAGGGUCUGUUUCUCUCCACUGAGUGGGGAGGAAGACAAAACUGGGUGCUGCAAGUGUCCUUUUGGAGAGAGAAACUUUUUCAGCUGUCUGAAAUUCAGAGAUACAGAAUGCUCCCAGCUGUCAUGGACGUUGCUUGGAGCUGGAGACGUAUGUUGGGCCCUUGGCAUGUUGUAUUUGAAACAGUCACUUUUCCUCAUCUGACAAUUCUUGUUUGACCUAUGUACCCUAAAUGUGCUCUCAUUGGCUGGUGGCAGUGGUUUUUUCCCAAGGCACAAUGAAGUGUUAAAGUAUUCAGUAGUUUAGGGUACAGUGGCUUGGCACAUUGAGGUAAGCUGCCCCUGUAAACAUUUUAAAAGGCAGCAGUGAGAAUACUGCUUGUCUUUUUGUCAUCUUAUUUCAAAACAUAUCUAGUGGUCUUGAACGAGAGAGUUGUAAUUUGCAGUGAGAAGCUGAAAAAAACCCUAUAGCACCUUUACUAGGUGCCUCAAGAGAAAAAUUUGACAAAUAGGUAAUAAUCAAAGCCUAGUGAGAGAUGAAAGACUUGUUGCUGCUUCUUAGUCUAUGUCCUGAUCUUGGUAUUUGGCUUUUUGGACUUCAGGAAGCUGGUAUUACCUUGUAAGUGUGAGCUCAAGCUGAGCAUAGUGAAAGAAUUAUUGCCAGGCUUCAGAGCAUCUCUGAGGUUUCCUAUUGCCUCCUGACAGGGCUGCACAGAAGUCCUGUUAUUCAGGGCUUUGCUGUGGAGCCAGUUGAAAGCAAGUCCCAUAACUUUUUUUUUCCCAGUUACACUUCUAUUAUCAUGUGCUUAUUAAAGGUAUACUAGGUGAGAGUAAAAUCUGAUAACUGUAAAAGACCUUUGGGGACAUGCUAGAAACCACGUUUGUAAUUUGCUAGAAGCCCCCCAUCUCCUUGGUUAUUAACUCCUGAUUCUGGUUCCCUGGAUAGUUUUAUUUUGAACAGAUUUGUAUGUUCAGUAAAGAAUGUGGAUUUUCUUUGGACUAUUUUUGUAACACAGAUGGAUAGCAAUGCCACAGCAUGCAGAAAUUGCACAUUUUGCUUGAAUUGCUUUGUAAAAUACACUAUUUUAUUAGAGAAAUGUAAUUUAUGCCAAAAAAGCGUAACAUGCCAUUUUGCUACUGAAUAGGGUGUUUUAGCACAGGAAUAAAUGUCUUGGGGUGGGGGGGGGAAGGCAGAUGUCUUCUAGAUUUAAUUGAAAAAAUUCUUUCAAUACUGGGCUGUCAGCAUCCCUAAAAAUGCAUUACAAGAGAUGAUGUAAAUUAAUCAUUCUGAGGAGGGAAGGGAUCAAGAAAAAUCUCAAGACUUAUUCCCCUGUCCCAUGUGGUGGUGGUAGUUGUUUUUUUUUUUUAGUAACACGCUGCUACAUGUUUGGAGGUUCUAGUGGUUGUAGGUCACUGAACAGACAUUGAAAUCUGAUUUAUAUUGUAUACCUGUAAUAUAGAAAGAAAAAGUAUUUAUAUUUUUUCCAUAAGAAUAUUGCAUUGAGCUGUGUAUAAUUUAAACAGAGGUUUGUCCCAAAAUGAUAUUGCCUACCUUGAUUUUUUGUGUGUGUAGUUUUUUCCUCUUUUUUUGUAUAGCGUGUACAGUUCAUCUCUAUGCACAUUAAAAGCCUCCUGAAGUGUAAUCUUAUCAAAGGGAUGCAUUGUUAAUAAAAUGUGCUUAAACUUCUUAAA